AUGAUCACCCCAGGCCCGAUGAAGCGCGACCAGUUCAGUUCGUUCUAUUUGAAGAGCUACUUCCCUCACACAACGGGCCCUGGAUGGGAUUUUGAUAUGACGUACUCUGUUUUUUCGACUCUCUUCGCGCUACCCCAGAAAAGCCAGAUGCUAGAUAUUGCCUUCUCUGCAUUGUCAUGCGUUUUCCUUGGCAAGAAUCACUCCGAUCAACAGAUAUUGCAGUACGGCCUUCGGCUAUACAACCAUGCAAUUCAGAGCAUGUCAAAGGCAAUUAGCCGCAAGGAUUACAGUCUCGAUAUUGUUUACACUUGUAUUGUCUUUCAGCAGAUCCAGUCUCACUAUUGCCCACAUGGGCUUGAUGAAUGGCUCGUUCAUCUUGAUGGAUUAGGCGCUAUCAUGAGAUAUUACUGCCCCGGAUCAUCACUGUCGGGCCCGAUGCUCUCUUUCAUAUAUGGGCAUCACCUAAAGCUAAAAACGGUAUUUAACGAGUUUAUGCAUCUGUCAGAAGAGACAAUCACGUGGCUCAAGGAGCCUAGUGAAGAACCCUUGUAUGAAUUGACUGGGAUUCUUGCGGAGUCUUCGCGGAUCUAUACCGCAGCCUACAACACCGAUAUAUCCGAUUAUAUUGCUUUUCAAUCCCUCCUAAACGAUUGUCUGUCACUUGAAGAAAGCCACCUGGAUUUUUUCCUUAGAAUCAAUGACAAGCUUGACGGGGACUGCCUGUAUAUACCCGGGGUGAGUUGA